AUGGAUGCCUCCUCGAUCGCAUUAGGUGGAGAUGAUUAUGGGAUGCACACGACUGAAAUUUCACAUCAUAACACGAUAGAAUUGAAGAAUUUGCUAUCACCAUCAGAAUCUAGGGAGGACCCUCAAGACUCAGAUGGACUACCCAGUAAUUCAAGCAUAAUCAAAGAAAUUGAGUGGAAUGGCGAGAUGGUUAAAACAUACCCACUAAACUACCAAACCGUCCCACUAGUAAAAUUACAAGUAAUGGCAUGCUUGAUUAUGUUCAUAGUCUUUGGCAUGAAUGAUCAGACAGUAGGAGCGCUGCUUCCCACUCUAAUUGAAUACUAUCAUAUAACCCAAGUAGACGUUUCAAACGUUUUCAUAGUCCAGCUAUGUGGUUAUGUAAUGGCCUCUUUAUCCAAUGAAAGAUUGAAUAAGCAUUUUGGUAUGAGAGGCGGCAUGCUUCUAGCAGCCACUUUAUGUAUAGUAUUCCUUAUCGUUUUGGCCUCUGCUCCUUCCAACUUCUAUGUCUGUAUGUUUUGCGGUCUUCCUCUAGGAUUAGGUAUUGGCAUCCUAGAUUCUACUGGUAAUGUUUUAAUGGGUAGUCUUUUAGUACACAAAAACGAACUCAUGGGUAUUAUGCAUGGCCUUUAUGGGGCUGCGGCUAUGGUGACUCCUCCCUUGGUUUCACAUUUUGUUGAAUGGGGUCAUUGGUCUCUGUUUUUCCUCAUUCCACUAUUUUUUUCAAUAAUAGGCAUGAUUAUUAUCUUCCCAGCCUUUAAAUUCGAAACUGCUAAUAAAUACGACUAUAUUUGUUCUAUGGAAAACAAGGAAAACAGUAAUGAUAUAGAGGACGCAAGCGUUGACUUGCCAAUGGAAUCUCCCGGAGCAAGCCCAGGAUUUUUCACACUUUUGAGAAAUCCCGCUAUUUCACUGUAUUCAUUAUAUUUGUUUCUUUAUUUAGGUGCUGAAAUCACCACUGGUUCAUGGUUCUUUAGUUACUUAUUACAAACUAAAUCAAGUAACAAGGUGGCUAUGUCAUACAUAGCAGCAUCGUUUUGGACAGGCCUGACUGUAGGCAGGUUAUGCCUAGGAUUCGUUACUGAAAGGUUUUUCGAGAACGAGUAUAAAGCAAGCAAAGCUUAUGCAUUUCUAACCCUAUCAUCAUACACAUUAUUUGUGCUCGUGGGAUUGAUUGAUUCGGACUCUUCUUUCUAUUUCUUUGUAUUAUUCUUGGUUGUUUUUUCUUGUGGCACAUUUAUUGGGCCAUUGUUCCCAAAUGCGAGUAUCGUUGCUUUACAGGUACUACCCAAGAGAUUACAUGUGAGCGGAGUCGGUGUUGCCGUUGCCGUUGGCGGUUGUGGUGGUGCAGCCAUUCCAUAUCUGGCUGGUGUUAUUGCGCACACGGUUGGUAUCCAGUAUAUUCCAUUGCUGUGUUGGAUAAUGGUGGCAUUAUUCACAUUGGAAUGGACAUUGUAUCCUAAAUUCAUCAAGGGGCAUGCAGAAUUUUUCUAG